ACCCUAAUCACCAACACGAAAAUUUCUUUUAUAUCAAUAUUCCAGCCAAUGUACCUCGUACACCGUCUGAUUCGAGGAAUUUUUCAAUCGAUCUGACGACCGGUGGAAAGAAAUCGAACGUGCAGGAUAGUUAAAACCGGGAACACGGUGGGCACGAUUCAAAUUGCUCGAGGGUAGUCGAGAUAACGGUGAAGCGACGGCGCGGCGGUACCGCUGGAAAUUUUAUCAAUACCGCGGCCGUGUAGUCGGUGACAGUCGCUCGUGAUAAGUACGCGGUGAUCUGACGAGGUUGGCAAGUAGCUCUAGUUCAAGAAACCAACAGCGACCGACGAACAACAUGGCCACCGAAGGCGGUUUAGCACCGGAUGCUGCUGCGGGUGCAGGUGCAGGUUCCGAUGGAAUCGUCGGAGGUCCCAGGACACCUCAGCAGAUCGCCUCGCAGAAACGACUGCAGGCGACGCAGGCGCAGGUGGACGAGGUCGUCGACAUUAUGAAAACGAAUGUUGAAAAAGUGUUGGAACGUGAUCAAAAGCUGUCUGAGCUCGAUGAUCGAGCAGACGCACUUCAACAAGGAGCGUCACAGUUUGAACAACAAGCAGGAAAACUGAAGAGGAAGUUCUGGCUACAAAAUUUGAAGAUGAUGAUCAUCAUGGGCGUCAUUGCAUUAAUCGUAUUGGCCAUCAUUGUUGCGAACUUCAUGUAGACGCGCUGGUUGGUGGAAAAGAUUUGUGUGUGAGUGAGUCUGAAGCGAGCGCCACCGGCGGCAGCGACUCGCAAAACUGAACACGUGAGUAAAAUUAAGGCAACAACAAUAACGACAACAACAACAGCAAAAACCAACAAAAAUCAACAAAAGCAACCAACAGCGAAACGAAGGCGGUGUGAACAGCGAGGAAUUUGAACGCGCGAGACAAGUUUGAGACUGCAAAAAGUACAGUAAAAAAAAAAGGAGAAAAAACAAAAGAAUACACACAAUCGAUGAGCAACAAGCAAGAGCAACAAUAAGGAAGUAUUGUACAAUAAGAUCGAAGCAAGACCUAAAGAAGUGGAGGAACAGUGGUAAUAAAAUCGGCUGUCGACGGAGUAUCGAUUGUUGAUAGAGACUCUUCGAUCUUUCAAGUACGGCAAAAUUCGAAAAAGAAAAAAAACAAAAAGAAAAGAAAGAAGUGGAGAAUGAAUUGAAAUGUAAAGGAUGGCGUGUUGUGUGAAAGAAAAGAAAAUGGAAGAAGAGGAAACCGCUACGUUUCUAUGGUUCCGUUUGCAACUCCGCGAUCUUGUUCGAGAUCCAAAACGAUACUUUCGACUCGAACACGAGAGUGGACGUGAUUAAAUUCAUUUUGUCGACGUUUCGCAAAUGGACGAAGGCCGGCUAACGAUUUAGAAUUGGAAAACAUUUGUCGAUCGUUCGUCUAAGCGUUGCAAAUCGUACAUCUAAGCGUUCGUCUACCGUUACAUCGAACGAUAAUAAACGAAAAAAAAAAAAAAAAAAAGAAGAAACCGAUCGUCGUACGGGAUAGAGAAGAAAUGAACGAAACAAACUCUGAUCGAUUAACUGAUCCUUGCCUUCCUUCGUCCAUCUUUGUGAAGUAAUUCGCGCUGAAUAAACGAAUAAAUAAAAGAGAGGAAAUUAAUUAAUGGCCAGUGUGUACAAAGAAAAGAGAAGAGAUGUUUCGAGGGGAGAUGUCGAGGAAAUAUCGCGAUACAGGGUGUCCGUUAAAACUAGCAGGAUCAUUUUCGACGAAGGCAGCGUGUCGUAGAAAACUUUCAUUGUGUCCCCCUUCCCUCCGUAAAGAAGUGCCGAAUAUAAAUAAAUAAAUGUGUGUAUAAAUGUAUAUCGACGUAUAUGUUUACUUUAUAAAUAAAACAUGUAUGAAGUUGCGAGGAAGAGCGUACGAUCUAAAAAAAUCCGAGUGAACGCGGAUCUUCCAUCGUUUUCAAAACUACUUGGUGAUUCUGCUUCGAAAGUUUUGUAUAAUAAUAAAACAAAAUCAUUCGUCGUUAGGUGGUUCUUGUCUCGAUCUCUUCCGAUAUUUACAGUCACUAGACUGCGGAUUUUUAUGCAAAUUUAUAAUACUUUUGAUUGAAAAAGAAAAAGCUUAGGUAGUUAAUUGUCUUAGGAUGUCGAUUGCAAGCAAAUGUUAUAAAAACUAUUGUAUUUUGGAUAUUUUAUAUAUAUAUAUAUUUCUUCACAUUGUCCGUUCUAUGCAAUUUUGUAUCUUCAAAUUUUUCUGCAAAUGCAUAAAAAUUCGUAAUCUGAUUUCCUUUCAUCGUCAAAAUUUCGCGACGUUUCAUUUCUAAUCAUUUACACUCAUUUCUGAAAGAACGUGUACAAAAAUUUUCGCUCGAAAAAAUACGUGAAUAGAAUUUUUACUCGUAAAUCUCAAUUAACAAUGGAAAGAUCAGUUAAUCACACGUGGAUCGUAUGCUCUGCUUGUAACAUAUAUGUACAUCUCGUGCUGUAAAUAAUAUCAUUUCUUCUUCAUGUUCGUUCAAUUAUGACCAACUGCUGAUAAUUAAUAAACGACUUUAAAAAAAGUAUAUAUAUAUAUAUAUUAUAUAUAUAAUACCACGGUUGAAAAACCACGGAAAAUAGUGAGCGUGAGAGCGAGAGAGUAAAAUAGAGCGUUUGAGUGAUCGAGAGAAAGACAGAGCGAGAGAGAUAGAGAGAAAAAGAGAGAUUCACGCGUAUUCUUUGUUCUUUCGCGUCCGUUAUCCUUCCACUGAAUCGGGAAAUGAGUAAAAGUAGAAGAAGCCUGCCUUCGUCGAAGACGGCAACGGAACGUUUUCAUGCAACCUAUGCGAUCAUACGAAAAAACGAAAAAAGAAAAAGGUUAGAAAACAAGAAAUAAAAAUUAAAAAAAAAAAAAGAAGAAAUACGCGACGAACGAGGGAAAAAAAGAGAGAAACGCUCGAGGCACUCAUAUAGGUUCGUUUUAAGGCUUGAAGAAUUAUCUACAGAUGUUAUGUAUACAUGUUAAUAAUAUUAAUAAUAAUAAUAUUAAUAUUAAUAAUAAUAAUUAUAAUAAUAACGAUGAUGCUAAUAAUAACGAUAAUAAUAAUUAUGAUAAUAAUAACAACAAUAACAAUAAUAAUAGUGCAGUAAUAAUAUUUAACAAGUAAACCACGCGCGAUGCGACGACCACCGUGGAAUCCGUGGAAUCUAUUGCCAUUUCGGAAAAGAAAGACAAGGGGAAAGAUACACGCACGGAGUAUCGUCGAAGAUCUAAGACACUUUUAUGGAGUUCGCUGUGCGCGCAAGAAGUUUAAGAAAUUAUAAAGCUCGUAAAAAUUAAAAAGUUCGCAAAGGAAAUUUUUUUAUUUCGUUCCGCGAUCUUGAAGCUUACUUCCAAUUCUUUUUAUAGAAUGCAGAAACUCCACAUUGCAUUGAAAAUCGUUGAAAAUAGUAAAUUUAACUUUUUUUUUUAUUCUUUUUUUAGUUUGAGGUAUCUACACAUACACGGGCUAAAAGCUUUUAUUGUUCUCGCAGAAACAUUUUUGUGCGUAGCGAUGACGUCGUGUAUGAAACGUGUCGUCGUUCUUCGCUGAUACUUCGUGCACGAUUCCACAGAGGAAACGAUAUCUUCAAAGUUUCUCAUCAGCCAGCCGCUGUACACGAGACGAAAAAAAAGAAAAAGAAUCCGAUGAAAGGAAGCACAUUCAACGGCAUGACUUCUCAGGCAGUUCGAGGAAGUCGUCAAUGGUUUCCUUUCCAUUUCACUGGUUUAUUCUUGUGUUCAUUCGUGUUCGUCCAUCGAACGAACAAACUACUCGAAUUUUCGCAUUUAGAAUCCCGUCUCCGAGUCCCUUCCUCCGCGUAUAUCCAUUUUGCGGAAAAAUAAAAUAAUCUAAAAAUAUGUAAUCGAACGAUCAACUUUGAAGCCAGAAUUCUUCCAAAUUCUGUCCUGUCAGUGGGAAGCGAUUGUCUCUUCUUCUUCUUCUUUUUGACAAAAUUCUAACGAUUCGUUGAAACUACGCGAAGAAGGGGACCAGAAGUCGUUAACACAGAGCACUAUAUCGAUCGUUUGGGGGAGAGAUUUUCAAAUAGGAUUCUUAAUCGAAUCCGAAAUCAUGGCGUUCGAAUAUGAUCAGAUUGUGUUUAAAAAGGA